AGUUAUGUGAUGUAAACAAGCUGCUUCCUCGCUCAGCACGUGCACCUUCUACCUGUUGGGUGGAGGUCUGAGUGUGAUCGCCAUGCUUUCACUACAUCAUGAUGCAGAGAGAUGAAGCUAAACUAGGUCCUCCUCCCUGUGUUGUGAGGUUAGUGGUCAGUCUGAGUUAGUGAACGGGCUGCAGCACGAGGCUCAUGUCAUCUCUGGACUUGAUGACAAAAGAGUGUCUGGCUUCAGGGACGCUGUCCUCCGCUUCUUUUAAGAGACGCUUCCUAAAAAAGAGCAGGGUCGCUCCCGGGGGGCUGCAGGAUGCGGAGGGGGACUGUGAGCUCUGCAGGUGUUCCAUAUUUACCGGGUCCGGCAGUAGUCGCACUGUUCGUCGAAUUCUGACAGCCUGCGUCCUCUCUUUCUUGGCUCUGCUCGGCUCCGUGUCCAUCGACCUCAGCUCCAACUUCGACCUGCUGCGCACCACGGAGGCUGCCUACGACGAACUGACCUCCUGCAGGACGAUUGCAAUCCUGCAGCUCGUCAGUAAACUUCAAGAGAUGAGACGAUUACUCACUAAAGAUAAGAACAACCAGACCCUGGAGGGGAGUUUGUCAGAGUUUGUGUUUCCUGUGUUUGAUCACGUCUGUGCAGAGAUGGCUGGCCACAGUAACGGACACGGGCUCCCUUGUGGUGUUGAGUUGGCGGGAUUUUGUCAGGACAUGUGGAGGAGAGUUCAAGUAUUACUGAAUUCCUCUUUGGAUACAAACAGGACAGAGGAAGAUGCCGCUUCUGCUUUCUCUCUGACCAUCGAAAGACUUCUGGAUGUCUGGGGCACAGUGGAAGAUUCAGUCGUCAAAGUCAAGCAGAAUCCUCACUGGAGAGAUGUGCUCUCUGCAAGACUUCUGCUUAGAUUCAAGGAGCUUAACCUCCAAUUAAUGGACUCGCCCAAAGUAGGUACUCACACUGACUUCAAGGAGAAUUGGAGUUAUGUACUCAGCUACCUUAGCUUUGCAAGAAUCAUGACAGAACGACUGAAUGACUGCUGGUUGAAGAACGUUGAACUCAAGUUUAACUCGAGCAGGUGUGGAAAAUCUUCUAAUGUCUUUGACACAGGUGAAUGGCAGGUCUCUGGAGCAGAAACAGAGCGUCUCUCUGGGUCUCUAACUGGAGUCGAAGCUCUUAAAAACACUCAGUUCUGCUUGUUGGACGGUGCAACGCAGGCUCUCAGGUUGGCCUCUCGCUCUGUGUCUUCGGGCCUCAGUAUGAGGGUCUGCCUGCUGACCUUAGCCUGCCUCAUCUACCCAGUGGUGAUGUAUUCCUUCAAGCAGAUGACGGAGUGGAUUCAGAACUAUGCCCAGACCCUGAGGGAGAAGACAGAGGACCUGAAGCGGCAGAGACAGCUGGCCGAGGAUCUGCUGCACCAAAUGUUGCCCAAGUCAGUAGCUAAGCAGCUUCGUCAGCGCAAACAUGUGGAGGCCGAGAGCUACGACAAGGUGACCAUCUUCUUCUCAGACAUCGUAGGCUUCACCACCAUCUCUGCCUCUUGUACUCCUCUGCAAGUGGUGGAGAUGCUCAACAACCUCUACAUGUGCUUCGACACACGCAUUGACUCCUAUGAUGUCUACAAGGUGGAGACGAUUGGUGAUGCCUACAUGGUGGUGAGCGGUCUGCCAGAGAGGAAUGGGGACCGACACGCCGACGAGAUCGCAAAGAUGGCUCUGGACCUGCUAGCGGCUGUCAGACAGGUGAACGUCCCUCACAUGCCCAACCAGAGGCUGCAGCUCCGAGCCGGCAUCCACACAGGACCGUGCGUGGCAGGAAUAGUGGGCUACAAGAUGCCGAGAUACUGUCUGUUUGGUGAUACAGUCAACACAGCCUCAAGGAUGGAGUCCACCAGCCUGCCUCAGAAAAUCCACGCCAGUUCAGAGACCUACCUGGCUCUGAUUAAAGACAACGCCUACGAGCUGCAGCUCCGAGGAGAGAUUGAAGUGAAGGGUAAAGGCAAAAUGAACACGUACUGGCUGGUCGGUCAUAAGAACUACAGCGUGCAGAACGACAGUCUGGUCUGUCACUGGAACCCAAACAUGGCCAGGAAGAAGAAGACGGUGGUCGGCAGUGACAUCUCUGUGGGAAACUCAUCCGUGACUGUCCAGAGCCUCAGCGAGAACGCCACCACCCCGGUCUCCAUCCCCUCCUCAGUGUCAAACCACACCCCUCCACAGCCGAAUAAGGACAAGCCUGAACUGAGCGUUUCGGCUCAGAUGGAGCCAACCAGCGGACAUGAUUGAGAUGCUGCAGGGUGGAAACAAGCACCCUCUACAGGACAGAGUGGGAACAACCCUGGACCCAGCGCACAUCUGUCAUGGGAACAUCAAGCAGUGUAGGAUGAUGAUAGAGAGUAGUUUAAGAUGUGUGGUUAGGUUAAUAACUGGUUAAUUAUGGUAGUAGUAGCUUGUCACUUUUAAAUGAUAGUUCAAAUUCUUAUGCUUUCUGUCUGUGGAAUGUUCAAAUACGAACAUCUCUUCCUUCUUCAAAAAGACAUGUCAUUUUAGUAUGUAGAAAUUCAGUUAAACUUUUACCAGUUGUGUGAUGUGGAGGUCUUUUGGUGUAAAUAUUUCCAUGUUUGUCUGUAUAUCCUUGUCACUGUGAAGACUUGUCUCUUAAAUUUGAAGGACAAAUAAAGUUAACUUCAAUGC